AUGGGAUUUCUUAGAAGGGAUGUCAAGGUUCAGGCAGCUGUCCAAGCCUUGAAGGUGGAUGAUACAGAGGCACACUCUUCGGGGUGGAGUCAGGUGUACCCGAAACAAUGGACGAACAUUCAUCUUGCGGCCUACUUCGGGCUGACGGAGAUUUUGGACACAAUGCUUCCUGAGGAUGGCGUACUUUGGGAUACCAGCAUAGACGGCGUCUACUCCCCAAUCAUAGUAGCUGCGGAACGAGGACAUCACUCCACGCUAAGUUUCAUGCUGGGAAAGCUGAUUGAUCGAAGCGGAAGGUUGCUGACUGGUUUGUACGGAAUGGUUGGCCAUUUGGCCCUCGCAGGAGCCGCUCAGAACGGACAUGAACCCAACGUUCGGUUGCUGCUGACCUACGGUGCUGAUCCUAACGGUAUCUCUGGAUCAAUUACGCCGCUCUCCUAUGCCGUCGAAGAUGGCCACACCAACGUAGUGGAGACGCUGCUGGAGUAUGGGGCAGACCCGAACCUCAAAACCGAAGUAGAGGGUCCACUGGACCUGGCCGUCAAGAACGGACGAGAGGACAUCGUCACCUUGCUCAUCAAACAUGGAGCGUCCCUCGACAAGAAGGGCUCAGCCCAGUCGGGCUCGACCACCCUUCAGCACAUAAACCCUGAAAUCGUACCGUUCAUGCUGAAAGACGGCGUUGGGGUAAACUACAGGAAUGAUGACGGCUUCACGGCACUUCAUAUCUCUGCAAUAAGCGGUCAUAUCGAUACCGUGAGAAUCCUGCUUAACCACGGAGCAGAUGCAACUAUUGUGGACAAUUCGGGCGCUACGCCCUUAGAUUAUGCUAUCGAUGGAGGUCAUGAAGAAGUGGUGAACUUGAUCUUGGAAAAUGGUAGCGAAUUCCAGGGCUUGGUCGACAGCAUCGCAGAUCAUGUAAGUUAG